UACAAAUCGCCAACUGAGGCGCCAGGUGUUCACACGAGAGUACUUAAAACCAACAUCCUCGCCGACUUACGCUUCUCCUCCUCCGUCGUCUUCUUUCUUCCCUCAAACUCCCUCUCGCCUCAUACCUAGAUCUCGUCAGGAUUUCAUCUCAAAAGCUUUUUGUUCUCAGAUUUAUAUCUGUAUAGAAGGAAGGAAUCGAAAAUUUUCUCUCUAAUUUAGUUUGAUUUGGUCUGGUUUGGUUUCAUUUUGUUUUGCCUUCUUUUUUUUUUUUUCCUCUCCUCUUGAUCGAAGAAUGAGAUCUGGAAAAUCGGGGAGGAGACCUUCGGAGAUCGUUGAACUGUUUUAAGAAAUUUUUGGGGUUAUUCUUGGUCUAAAUUUCCCUUGGAUGAAGACGGAAAUGGGGACGGGAGUGGGUUCGUCAGUGUGGUCCGACGACGAACGGGCCAUGGCGGUGGCGGUCCUCGGCCACCAGGCAGUCGACUACCUCUCCUCCAGCCACAUGUCAUCCGACGGCCUCUUCGCGGCCGUCGGCGGCCACGCCGACCUCCAGACCAAGCUCCAGGACCUCGUCGACCGCCCUGUCGCACCUUGGGCCUCCGCGAUCUUCUGGCAGAUCUCCCGAUCCAAGUCCGGCGAGCUCGUCCUCGGCUGGGGCGACGGCCACUGCCGCGAGCUCCGCGACGGCGAGGAGGACCCCCGCCGCUCCGCGGCCACCCUCGACGACGGCCACCAGAAGAUGCGGAAGCGGGUGCUCCAGAAGCUCCACGUCCUCUCCGGUGGUGCCGACGACGAGAACUACGCGCUCGGGCUGGACCGGGUCACCGAUGUCGAGAUGUACUUCCUGGCCUCCAUGUACUUCUCCUUCCCCCGGGGCGCCGGCGGGCCCGGCAGGGCCCUGUCGUCCGGGGAGGACAUCUGGGUCGCCGAUCCCAGCCUUCGAUUGCCGGCAUCCGCAGUCGACUACUGCGUCCGUGCGUUCCUCGCAAGAUCCGCCGGUUUCCGGACCAUCGUGCUCGUGCCGUUCGACACCGGUGUUCUCGAAUUGGGCUCGGUAAAGACCGUGCCGGAGAGCUUCGAGGCCUUGCAGAUGAUAAGGGCCCUGUUCUCUUCCGGCGGGAGCAAGCCCGGCGACAAGAAAGAUGAGAAUGGCUCGGUUUUCCGUCUUGGGGGCCGGGCGGCGGGGGAGGAGGAGGAGUGCCCGAGGAUUUUUGGGAAGGACUUGAACAUUGGGGGGCGAUCUCCGUUCCGUGACAGGCUCUCGAUGGCAGCCAAGGUAGAAGAGAGGCCUCUGGAGAUCCAACCAAAUGGCAGAAAUCAUCAUCAUCGGAUGCUGCCAGUGCCGGCGCCGGCGCCGGCGCCGGUCUCCAGUGGUAUGGUUAAUGGGCUGAAUUGGAGUCGUACUCGUAAUCUCACUACGAAUUGUCACCAGCAGAAGUUUGGUAAUGGCGUCGUGGUGAUGGGCGGUGGCGAAGUGGAUCCCUCGGCGAGGGCAUUCCUUCCUCACAGCAACGGGGCGAGGGAGGACCCUCGGACGAACCAGUUCCCGACUCCGAAGCAGCAGCAACCACAGGCGCAGUCACAGCCGCGGCAGAUCGAUUUCAGUGGCGGCAAGACUUCGAGGGCAUCCGGGGCAUUGGUUGCUCGAUUGGGUGCGUUGGAGACGGAGCAUUCGGAUGCGGUGGAGGCUUCGUGCAAGGAAGAGCGGCCGGGGCCAAUAAUAGACGACCGGAGGCCAAGAAAGAGAGGCCGGAAGCCGGCAAAUGGUAGGGAGGAGCCCCUCAAUCACGUGGAAGCGGAGCGCCAGAGGAGGGAGAAGCUCAACCAGAGGUUCUAUGCUCUCAGAGCCGUGGUGCCCAACAUCUCCAAGAUGGACAAGGCCUCUCUUCUCGGCGAUGCCAUAUCCUACAUUACUGAACUCCAGAAGAAGCUCAAGGAAAUGGAGGCCGAGAGGGAGCGGUGGCCGGAUUCCCCAUUCAUGGGUCCCAAGAGUGGGGUGCAGUGCCCCGAUAUCGAUGUCCAGGCGGUGCACGAUGAGGUGAUCGUCCGAGUGAGCUGCCCUUUGGACACCCACCCUGUUUCCAAAGUAAUCCAAGUUUUCAAGGAGUCGCAGAUCAAUGUGGUGGAUUCGAAGGUCUCGGCGAGCAACGAAGCAGUCUUGCAUACAUUUGUGGUGAAGUCGCCCGGGUCCGAGCAGCUGACGAGGGAUAAGCUGGUUGCAGCGAUAUCUCGGGAGGCGACGAGUUCGUCCUAACCAUCCAUGGUGAGAUGUAGUUGAAGUAGCUGGGUUGGUAGGGAAGGACUCUGGACUCAAAGUAGGUUGCUUGAAUAUUUUCAUGUCGGUAGUAAUAUAGUUUCAUGCGAUUCGUGCUAUAAUUUUGCGAGCAGCAAAAUUUAUGUGUAAGCCCGCCCACCAUUUUCCCUGUCUUCUUCUGUAAGUCGAUACUCUAAUAAUUCUAUCACCUUAGUUAAAUUUUGUCAUUGGUUACGUCUGUCCUCUGUUAUUGUUUCCUUUGAAUGUUACUGCUACUUGAUUCCAGCUCUCUGCAGUUCCAGUGUAUUGGACUCAAGCUGGGCAUGGAAUACUAGAUUUCGGGAUUCAACUAUUAUUAGCUGCCUAGCAAUUAUUAUGUUCUUCAGGCAAUUCCUCUUUUUGUUUGGCCAUAAACUUCGGAUGGAUUUUUUUUUUUUUCUGGCUCUGUCCGAGCGGUCUCAAUAGAUUGUACAUAACUUAUUAAGAAUUUUAGUAAGCUUCAUGUGAGUUAUAAGAAUCCUUUUAUCUUUGUUCACAAUGUCUCAGUUAUAACAAUUGUAGUGGCUUCAGCAUUGUUCUCAUGCUAGCAGUCCUAAUAGAAUAUAUUUAACUUUUUCACA